UUAACCAUAUUUUACGUAAACAAACUUUUGAACACGUCUAAGUUCUAACCCAACCUAGGAUAAUCCCACCGUAGCCCUGCAACAACAUCAUCACCAACAAAACGCCCAGCAAAAUCCCAUCUCUAAAUGGAUCCAUCCUUCCGAUCCCAUUAAUCAGCAACAUGGAUCAUGAUGACAAAGAAACUCAGAUUAUUUGAACCUUCUUGUAGAUUUCCCAAAUGCCUGAACCAGAUCCCACGGCUGGCCGCGCAUACAUAUGGACCAUCAGUUGCAUUUUGUUUAUUUGUAUAGCUGCAGGAGGUGGCUGCCUUUUGGCCUACAUGACCAUUCCUGAUUCACAAUCCUCUGUAUUGCUUCCUGCUCUUGGUUUUACCCUUGUUUGCCUGCCUUGGAUAUUUUGGAUCACAACUGUAAUUUAUCGGAUAACUUCGAGGGCCUUUGGAUUCAGGAUGGUAAUUGGUAGCUUGUAUGUUAAUGGUAGUGUCCACAGAGGUGGUGGCGACCGUGGUGGAGGAGGCGGCGCAGCUGCCACUGUUAAUGAUAUUAACGAUGCACAAAUUCUUGAUGUCAGUGCAAAAUCUCCACAGAGUUCUCCAGAGAAUGACGGAAGGCACGUUCAAUUUGGUGAAGCUAUGGUGCUUGGUAAUGAGAAAACUGGUGAUAAUAUCCGGCAGGAAGGAAAUAUGAAGAGACCCGGUAGCUCUUCCUCAAGCAGUUCAAAUGAUAUAUCUGUUACUUCUCAUGAGAGUGAAAUGCCAUUGGCCUUAUCAAUGGCAUCAUGAUCAAACAUUUGAUAUUGAACCGUUUACAACGUUAAUUCCAGUGAUGCAUGACAUGCAUUGCAAUGGGUUGGAUCUCAA